UUUUUUAUCCCCAUCCAAACUUGAGGCUGCGGCUAAAGUUAGAUUGGCCGGCGGAGGGGUAUAUAAGCCCCCGGGGAUGUACGUAUAACGCGGCUUCACACUAUCUUUCCUUCUUGAUCAGCCAAACCUCCACUGAUACCGUCUCAAGAUGGCACCAAAGAAGGCCAAGAGGAGGGCAGCAGCAGGAGAUAGCGGCUCCUCCAACGUGUUCUCCAUGUUUGAGCAGAGCCAGAUUCAGGAGUACAAAGAGGCUUUCACAAUCAUUGACCAGAACAGAGAUGGUAUCAUCAGCAAAGAUGACCUGAGGGACGUGCUGGCUUCAUUGGGCCAGCUUAACGUGAAGAAUGAGGAGCUGGAGGCCAUGAUCAAAGAGGCCAGCGGCCCCAUCAACUUCACUGUCUUCCUCAACAUGUUUGGAGAGAAACUGAAGGGUGCUGACCCCGAGGACGUUAUUCUUAGCUCCUUCAAAGUCCUGGACCCAGAGGGUACUGGAACCAUCAAGAAGGGAUUCCUUGAGGAGCUCCUGACUACUCAGUGCGACAGGUUCUCCAAGGAAGAGAUUAAGAACAUGUGGGCCGCCUUCCCCCCAGAUGUUGCUGGCAACGUAGACUACAAGAACAUCUGCUACGUCAUCACACACGGAGAGGAGAAGGAGGAGUAAAGAGAAAGCAAGAAGACACGAAAAGACAGCAAUCCCUUCGCUAUUCUGCCUUCCCUGCCCUUUUCUUUCCUCCUGGCUUCCUUUUUGUGUAAACCCAUGUGCUCAGCCGUUCAUGUUCGAACCAAAGACUUGUCACACCUACACAUGACAGGGCUGAUGCCCGUGGGGUGUCUAUGUUUGCUUAUGGGGAAUAGGGGUGAUUUUCAAUAAAAUUAUCCUGUAACAUCA